UUUCGCCAGCCCUGUUACUUUGGUCGCCAAUCACUAUUCGACAGUCGUCAGUAAUUUUUACCAUCCACGUCUAUACAGUUAAAAUCAUUAAAAAUGAGUGCCCUAACACCAGCACCUGCUUAUAAAAUUGGAAUUGUGAAGCAGGUUUUAUCGGGAGACACGAUCGUUAUAAGAAAGCAGCCGCAAGGUGGACCUCCGCCUGAGAAAGUCAUAGCACUCUCAGGGAUAACAGCGCCAAAACUAGCUCGUCAGAGGACUCCUAACAAUGACAAUGAAACACCAGACGAACCCUUUGCUUGGGAAGCACGUGAAUUCCUCAGAAAGAAAUUGGUUGGCAAGGAAGUCAUCUUUACAGCUGAGAAGCCACCCAACUCAGCAACCAGGGAAUAUGGAACAGUAUGGGCUGGUAAAGACCCCACUAAAAGUGAAAACAUGAAUGAGGCCCUGCUGGCUGAAGGUCUUGCUAAAGUUAGAGAAGGGGGCAGGAAUAUUCCCCAACUUAAGAAACUGGUUGAAAUUGAAGAUAUUGCAAAGUCUCAAGGAAAAGGUGUUUGGGGAUCAGACCUUCAAAAUCACAUCAGGCACAUCAAAUGGUCCAUUGAGAACCCCAAGGCUUUUGUAAACAAAUUCAAUGGACAGCCCGUAAAAGCUGUUAUUGAAUAUGUAAGAGAUGGAUCUACUGUCAGGCUAUGCCUUCUUCCUGACUUUAUCCCAAUCACAUUGAUGCUUUCUGGAAUCAGAUGCCCAGCUGUUAAGCAAGACGGUGAAUCUGAACCUUAUGCGGAAGAAGCCCGCUUCUUCCUUGAGUCUAGACUUCUGCAGCGUGACGUGGAAGUCAUCCUUGAAUCUGUCAACAACAACAACUUUGUUGGCACCAUCCUACACCCACAGGGAAACAUCGCCGAGGCGCUGGUACGCCAAGGUUUCGCUAAGUGUGUAGAUUGGUCACUUGCAGUUAUGAAAUCAGGUGCAUCCACAUUAAGAGCUGCAGAGCGUGCGGCUAAAGACGCAAAGCUCCGGAUUUGGACCAACUACACAAGCAAUGCUCCCGUUAUUGCUGCAAAGGACAAAGAAUUUACUGGCUUAGUGAUGGAAGUGAUCAAUGGUGAUGCCCUCGUCGUGAAAACAUCAAACAAUGUACAGAAGAAAAUAUUCUUGGCCAGCAUAAGGCCACCACGUGAAAAGAAUAAUACUGACGAAGAGGGUAAACAAUCUCCAAGACCAAAAGGAUUCAAACCCCUUUAUGAUAUCCCCUGGAUGUAUGAAGCUCGUGAAUAUCUCAGGAAAAAGUUGAUUGGAAAGAAAGUGAACGUUACUGUUGACUAUAUCCAACCAGCAAAAGACAAUUUCCCUGAAAAAAUCUGUUGCACUGUUGUUGCUGGGGCAACGAAUAUUGCUGAAGCACUUGUGAACAAAGGUUACGCUACAGUCGUCAGAUAUAGAAAUGACAAUGACCAGAGAAGUUCCCACUAUGACAAGCUCUUAGAAGCUGAACUGAAAGCUCAAAAACUAGGCAUCGGUGUUCACGCCAAGAAAGAUAUCCCAGCCCACAGGAUGCAAGAUACCAGCGGGGACUCAGCUAAAGCAAAGAAAUUCUUCCCAUUCUUGAAGAGGGCUCAAAAAACCGAAGCGGUUGUGGAAUUUGUUGCAAGUGGGUCUCGCAUGAGGAUAUACAUCCCUAAAGAAUCUGUGCUUGUUACUUUCUUGCUCGCUGGUAUCAAUUGCCCACGAGGCGCUCGUCCCGCGAUCGGUGGUGGUGGCAUUCAAGAGGCUGAGCCUUUUGGCGAAGACGCCUUGCAGUUCACUAAAGAAAAGUGUCUACAGCGUGAUGUCAUAGUUACAAUUGAGGAAAUGGACAAAGCUGGCAAUUUCAUUGGCUGGCUCUGGAUCGACAAUGAAAAUAUGUCCAUUUCACUGGUGGAGCACGGCCUGGCCUCCAUGCAUCACACGGCUGAGUCGUCUGAAUAUGCGCGACAAAUUAAGACAGCUGAAGAGAAUGCGCGCAAAAAGCGUAUCGGUCUAUGGAAGGACUAUGUAGAGGUGGAGAAGGAAGUCGAAAGGGAACGCGCUCCGAUGCAAGAUCGUAUCGUCAAAUACGAUAAAGUAAUUAUUACAGAAGUCACACCUGAAGGAAGUUUCUUUGCUCAAAAUAUUGAUUUAGGCACAAAAUUGGAAAGCCUUAUGGAUAAAAUUCAUCAGGAAUUCAAGAAUAACGCUCCAUUGCCAGGUUCGUUUGUCCCUAAACGGGGGAACAUUUGCGCAGCUCGCUUUUCUAUGGAUGAGCAAUGGUAUAGAGCUAAGAUUGAGAAAUUGGCUGAUGACAAGAAAGCUCACAUUCUGUACAUCGAUUAUGGAAACCGAGAGGUUGUUAGCCACAGCCGCUUAGCGUUACUGCCCGCGGGUACUGAAGUGGAGGCUCCCUAUGCUACCGAGUAUGUGCUUCUCGGAGUCAAGUUCCCAUCAGACCCCGAAGACAGGCUAGAAGCAGUCCGAGCAUUUUCUCUGGAUACGCUGAACAAGAAGCUGCUUCUCAAUGUAGAAAUUCGAGGCAGUCCACCAGCUGUGACUCUUGUAGAUCCGACAACCAACUCUGAUUUGGGCAGGAACCUGAUCAAGGAGGGUCUGGCGCUGCUGGAGCCGCUGCGCGACUACCGUCUGGCGGCGCUGAUGGGCGAGUACCGCGCGGCGCAGGAGCACGCCAAGAGCUCGCGCCUCAACCUGUGGCGCCACGGCGACAUCACCGACGACGACGCGCUCGAGUUCGGCGCGCGCCGCUAGCCCGCGCUCUGGUACGACGCGACCGCGUCGCCGGCGCACACGCAGACCUGCGCCACCUGCAUGUCGCCGCACAUCGAGAUGAUCAUCUACACCGUCAUCUACGAGUUCCUCUAGACGCGGCCGCCCAGUGCUCCCCCGUGCCGAGGAUUUUUAAUGUGCACCGUUCGCGUGUUGACUUUUCGCCCCUCGACAUCUCCACGACGCACGUGAGAUCGUCCCGUUCCGACUCCCGCGGACCCCCAUCGGGUGUUUACAGUGUAUCAAUGGAUUUUGAAUGUACUCGGUUGCGUGUGUAAUUUUAAUCUAAAUAGAUAUUACAAUUUUUGAAAUUAUUCCUUCGUAUCCAGUAAGCUGCCCUCGACAUCUCGUCGCGCCGCACAUUUAGACGUCAUCGGCCACACUAUGCGAGUGUGCCUCGCGACUGUUGCGUUCGUCGCCGCAGUCGUGAGGUGCGUGUUCGUUCUUUUGUGUCUAACAGUUUCGCUAUGUUUCAAACUAGUACAUUGGCGUCGUACAUUGGAUAAUCGCGACACUGUUUACACUUUCCAUUUGAUAAGUUCUAUUUUAUGAAAAAAUGUUUUUGGUGGUAGUAAACUUGCGUUGCCGUGUGCACGUUUUUGUGAAUGUGCGCGUACAAGCCGUUACGAAAUACGAUAGAUUAUAAGCAAAUUUUUAAAACGGUUAUGACCGUUUUUUCAUACUUUUAAACACUUUUUUCUACAUAUUUUAUAUUUUCGAUGAUUAAUAUGAUCUUUAUACAAAGUUGUCGAGUAAUUACAUAAUAAUAUAUGGAUAAAAAAUAGAUAUAUUUAUUGUUGUAAUUUAUUAUUUGGAUCAUAUAAUAAUAUGCAUAUGAACUAUGAUGAAAUAGUUGUUAGAAAAGUAGUUGAGAUGGAAAGCAAAUGUUCUUCAUUACACAUUGCUAACAAACGGAUAUCGUAGUUCAAGUGCUUCUCUAUCCAUGCUGCAGAUGUUUCUUUUUAAAUGUGUCCUUGUUAUUUCUUAUACACUAUUUACCGAUUUAGAUGGUAUAUUUUUAUCUAGAUGUAUUUACUCAGUUUCAAUUAGACGCAUAAUGUUAGUUAAGUGUGAUUUGUCUAAAUUAUAAUAAGUCUGAAUGCAUUAGAUGGUACGGGAAGACGAUUAUUGUAUAAUAUUACAUUAUUGAUAUACAUGAAGUAGCCUAUAAUAGUGUACACGAGUACUUGCAUAUUAAAAUAUUUACACUUCGUAUUUCGUACUUACACUUAAAUUUACCUACCUCUCGUGCUGAGAUGAUCGAUUUUUAAUAAACUGCAUAAACAUAAUAUUAUCAACUUAGGUUAUUGAUUAAACAUUUGGGUACCACACGGUGCGUUGAUUGUUAAAAAUAUCUUGGUAUAUUAAAUAAAUAUUUAAGGACUUA